AAGCUUGCCUAUAGUUUCUUGCAUCUUUUUCGUUACUUACAGGGAAAUUGAUAGGAUGGCUUCAGGUUUGUCACUGUGUUCCGUUGCCUUGGCCCUGAUGUGGGUUUCCAUGCUGUACCCCAGAGAUCUGGAAGCGUACCCUUUGCUGCCUCUGUCUGAACUUUUCGCCAAAGCUGUGCACAGGGCACAGCAUCUACAUCUCGUUGCCGCGGAAACCUGCAAGGAUUUUGAACGAAAAUAUAUCCCGGAAGAGCAGCGCCACUCUCACAAGAGUUCACCCUCUGCUUUCUGCCAGUCUGAAACCAUCCCAGCACCAACGGGCAAGGAGGAUGCCCAGCAACGAUCGGAUAAGGAGCUGUUACUGUACUCGCUGCUUCUCAUUCGAUCCUGGUUCGAUUCCGUUCAGAACAGCAGGGCUUUCCGAACCUCAGACAGGGUGUAUGACAAAUUGCGGGACCUGGAAGAAGGUAUCUAUGCUCUAUUGAAGACUCUGGAAGAUGGAGGCUCUUCACAAGGUUUUGACUGGCUGACAUUUUUCUAUGACAGGUUUGAUGGAAACUUAAGUGAAGAAGCUUUGAUGAAAAACUAUGGUCUCCUGGCUUGUUUUAAGAAGGAUAUGCACAAAGUUGAAACCUACCUGAAAGUUAUGAAUUGCAAACGCUUUGCAGAGAGUAACUGUACUGUGUAGUGUAAGGUUAUAGUCAAAAUGAGUGAGGAAAACUCGAUAAAGACACUCAAAAUGUUACACAGAAUCUGUCUUAAAGUUGUUUAUUUUCCAAAAUGUUAUGUCUAUAUAGUAUAUAUGUUAUAAUAAUAUAGGGUCUCUUAAUUGUAGUUGUAUAAAUUGUGGAAAAUAUUUUUCUGUAGUAUAUAUUUUUCUGCAAUUGUGAUUGAUUCUAAAAUUCAUUGGUAAAUCUCAGCAAAUAUUUACAAUCUUGCAU